AUGGUCUUCGGCGCGCUGCCGAUGGAAUUGGUCCAGCUAAAGAUCAUCCGGAACUUCAAAGGGCGGUCUGAGGCGCGGCUCCAACGUAUCCUGGAAGCGUCUCCCGAGCGUGUGGAACCGAGGUGUUCGAUUUUUGCUCAAUGCAGUGGGUGUCAAUACCAGCACUUGAGCUAUGAAGCGCAGCUCUUUUGGAAACGUGAGCACGUCCAGCAGGCGUUGCAGCAAGGGGUGUGGAAAGCCAUUGCCCUUUUCAACGCGGCAUGCUGGGGAUCCUCCUAUGUCUCUUCACAGGCUGGGAUUGAUGCCCUAAACACUGCAGGCGUAGAGGAUGCUGCCAUGGUCUUCGGCGCUUGUCGAUUUCUCUUGGCCGCGCUGCCCAUGCUACCCUGGAUCUUGAAGUCCAGCUGUCCUGAAAGUGCCAGAGGCAGCGCGCUGGUGGGGACCCUGAGCGCGAUUGCCUACGCGGCGGUCUUCGCGUCGCUGGCGCAUGGGACCUCCGGAGCUAAAGCGGCCUUCAUCAUGGCCCUGCAGACCAUUAUUGUGGCCUUUUGCAGUUCCAUUUGCGCAAAACGUCUUCAGCUUGGCAGCGUGGCAUCGGCCAUGCUCGCGAUCUGCGGUGUGGGCUUCCUGGAGCUUGGUGGCGGACCUGCCGAGGCCGCUGGUGACACAACCGCUGACCUCUCGGGCGACAUGCUCUGUAUGGCGGCGCCACUGCUGAUGGGGCUCAGUUGGCAUCUACUGGGGGAGCACAUGAGGAGUUUCCCACAGGACGCUACCCCAGCCGUGGCCAUUCAGCUGGCGUGCUUCGCACUGUUGUUUGCCGCGUGGAGCUGUGGCGAACACCUGAUGUCCCACGGUGCCGAGGGCCUCGCACUCUGGAUCCAGGACGUCCCGAAGUUGCUUGAAGUGCCAAAUCUUUUGCCUGCCCUGGUCUUUUCGGCCUUCAUGGGAAACACAGUGACCUUUCUGCUUUGCAACUGCGCCAUGCGCAAGUUGAAGGCUGCUGAGGUGUCGCUGCUCUCGGCAUCAGAGCCGCUCUGGGCAGCACUCUGCGCCGCGCUGCUGCUGCACCAGUCGCUGGCGCCGUCGGAGCUCCUGGGAGGUGCCUUGGUGGUGGCGGCCAUCGUUGGGGCCGAGCUUUGGAGUGAAGAUGAGAACAUGCCAGAUGCUAAAGCGACGCCGUGCGGCUGCUCUCUGAGAGGAAUCGAAAAAAACAUCCAAACAUCGCCGCUGGAAGCGUAA